AUGAAAGUAAUAAUUUUAUUUUAUUUUUUAAUUUUAAUUUUAAUUUUUUCAAAAAUUGUAAAGUCAUCAAAUAAUAAUAAUAAUAAUAAUAAUAAUAAAGAUAAUCUUAAUUGCCACAAUAUAAUUAAUGAUGUUAAUAACAAUAAAAAAAUUAAUGAUGAAAAUGUAUAUUUUGAUUAUCAAAAUGAUGAAAUUUUAAAAGAAACAAUUCAUUAUAAUAAUAGACUUUUAAAAAAUAAUAAACAAAUUAAUCAAAUUAAUGAUAAUAACCCACCAACACAAACACCACCACCAUUAUCACCUUUUCAAGAAGGUAUUUAUAAAAUUAGACCAUCAUUUCCAAAUGUGACAUUAGGUGGUAAGAAUGGUGGUCACUCAUUUUUAACGAAUUUAAAAGGGUCAUGGGAACUUGGUGGUUAUGAUAGUUGGGUAUUUUAUAAGGAUAAUGGGAUAUUACAAGUAUUAAAUAAUGGUGAUAUUAUUAUAAGUGGUCCAAUUGUACCAACAAAUCAACAAUCAAGUUGUCAUAGUUGGUUUGUUAAUAUGAUGUUUACACCAUUACCAAAGGAAAUUAAAAAAACACCAAGAAAAGAUUUAUACAAGCAUUCUUAUCAACCUUUAGGUUCGAUUAAUCCUGAAAAUUGGAAAUUCUAUCAACCUAUUCAACUAUUAAAUAAUUCUUGGAUUGCAAUUGGUUGUAAUCAUAUCAAAAUCAUUCAAUUCGAUGGUACAACUUUUCAAAAUAAACCACUUCAAUUUGGUAUUGGUGCAAAUGGUAAAAAUGAAAAUAAUGGUAUAUUAUUCUCAAUUCCAAUACCAUUUAAUUCAAAAAAUAAUUUAAAAAAUAAAAGAGAUUAUAUUGAUAUAAAUGUUGAUAUUGUUUUAAUUUCUUAA